GAUAAGAGGUCACUCGUGACAAUUUCUGUGGAUGCACCCUGCCUUCCGGUGGCCCGGAGAAUUCUCUCAGAAUGGAAGAACACGCUGCCGGAUUGUCUCGCGUGUAUUCAAAUGAUGAAAAGAUAAAUUGGAUCUACGGGCUACUGGGUUUGAGUUAAGAGAGAUUCGGAUCAGAAGUGUCGUGACUUUGGAGAAAAGAACAUCGAAGGACCUAGAAGCGAAUUAUGAAUACGCCUCGGUGUAUAUUAUUUUUGGGAGCAUUGAUAACAUUCGGUCAGGUUUUAAGCAGCGCAAACGACGACUUUGUGGAUGCGUGUUUCGACAAAGAAGGAGACAAACCUGCACAUUGUGAAUAUAUCGAUUUCGACGAUGUGUUUGAGAGCUCGGAUAUCAAGUUUAAUUGGAGCUUUAUCACCAAGUUAACAAUCAGCAAUAAAAGAAUCAUCGGAAUACCGACGAGGAUGUUCGAGUCGUUGCCAAAUCUGGAUAGCUUCGUUGUGGUGAAUAGUUUAUUUUAUAAAGAAAUUGAUCCUAACAGUUUUAUGGAUUGCCACAAGCUGGAGCACAUCGAGAUAACGGGAACGAAUAUUACGUUUUUGGACACUCACUUGUUUCCGAAGACUCCAAAUCUGAAGCAUCUGUUAUUUCAUCAUAAUAAAAUAUCCGAAAUAAAGCAUGAUGCUUUCGAGUUUAUGGAAUCUCUAGAAGAGCUAAACCUUUCGUACAACAAUAUUACGAAACUGUCCAGCGGUGUUUUUCACAAGUUGAAAAAUUUGAAAAUCCUCGAUUUGAAUCACAACAAACUGGUGCUGCUGAGUUUCGAUGCUUGGUUUCCUCCAGACGGAAUUCACUCACUGCAAUACCUGGAUGCGUCAUACAAUCAGCUCAUCGAACUUUCCUGGAGCGAAAUAUCGGUGAAGAAAGUCAACCUAAAGUACAACAACUUAACGAGCAUUCACAUCAACGGCAAUUGCUCCGAGUUUCACGCGUCUUACAAUAUGAUAGACUCCGUCACGGUUGGCAGCAAUUGUUCAAUUGAAAAAUUGUACCUCGCACACAACCAAAUACGUACCUUCAACGAUCUGCGGAAGUGUUCGGAAACGAUGCGCACUCUGGAUGUGUCCUUCAAUAUCUUUCAGCGACGUUUCGACUUCCUAGGCAUGAAGCAGCUGACGGCACUGAAUAUCGAAUGCACCAAUAUCACCAUCGAGUACACGACCCUGCACGAUCUUCGAAAGCUACGCUUCCUAGACAUUUCCUACAACAAUAUGAAGAAAAUAGACUUUGACAACAUGAGUACCCAACGAUUGCUGGAGCGAUUGAUGGUCAGCGGAAACCCCAUUGCAAACAUGUCAAUCGAGUCGAUCAAGCGAAACUUCCCUAAUCUCAAAACGCUCGGAAUCUAUGAUCUACCCUGGAAUGAAUCAUCCCUGGCUGUGGCUAUCGAGGACCUCAAGAAGCAUGAUAUCAAACCGUACAUCAAAAACGAUUAUCUUUUCGAGGAAUCAUCCUGCCCACUCAAAAUAGUGCGAAAUUUCUCCGGCAACGGAGACGAUCAGGACGUUACGGCUGAAGGCAUGUCCGGAUCCGGUGACAAAACUGUGGAAUACAUAGUCAUAGUGCUGCUGCUAGCCGUCAUUUGUGGUUUAGUAUUCAAAGUGUUCAUCGAUAGUCGAUACUAUCGCGAUUUGUUCAAAGAUCGCGGUCGUCGAUCUUCGAUUUCACACGAAAGCUUGGUCAGCUGUGAUUUGAAUAGCUAGAGUGCGGCCGCGUUGGUGUCGAAUUAGUUGUUGUUAUCAAGACUGUUGGAAAGUACCAGAACAAAAAAAAUACAGAGAGGAAGCAUAUUUAUACAUAAGCUAGUGAAACCAAAGUGGUAACGAAUAGCGUUGGAAUUAGAAACCAUUUCGGUAAAGUGAAAGUGUGAUUGAUGUGGCGGGAAAUGUAAACAGAGGAUAACGGAUGCACUUUGUUGACUAAUUAAAUAAUAUUCUUCAGGGAAGUGCAUUUCGAUUGAAGGACCGCCGAGAAAAGAUUAUCGAUAGUUGUUAGUGGUUUUAAAACAAAAUAGCUGAAUGUGCUAUCACCAAAAAUCGAUCUAGUGAUGAAUGAAUAAAACAGCUUUAGCUAUUCUGUGUA